UAUUUUCAACGGACCAAGCCACCGGAAGUUGAACGUUCAUAACUUUCAUGUGGGUCCAUGUUGACAAAAAAGUGUCUCUGAACAUUAUUAAUAGUAAGGACUCACAAAUACAAGCUUCGAAUUAAAACAUGUCGGACAACGAAGAUAACUUCGAUGACGCAGAUUUUGAAGAUGGCGAAGAGGAUGAGGGAUUAGAUGACCUGGAAAAUGCGGAAGAUGAAGACCGGGAGAACGUAAAGAUCCUGCCCGCAGGAGAGGGCCAUCAGGCGAACCUGAAGAGGAUCACAACACCGUACAUGACCAAAUAUGAGCGAGCCAGAGUGCUUGGGACACGAGCUCUCCAGAUAGCGAUGUGCGCUCCAGUCAUGGUGGAACUGGAGGGAGAAACAGACCCCUUGCAAAUAGCUAUGAAAGAGCUCAAGGGCAGAAAGAUCCCCAUCAUCAUCCGCAGGUACCUUCCUGAUGGGAGUUAUGAGGACUGGGGCUGUGACGAGCUCAUCAUAACUGAUUAAACAUAUAUGCUGGUUCACAGCCAUCAUCGCUUCAGGUCAGUCAGCUACACAAACUCAGAAGAUUCAUAAGGCUGACGCAAUCAUCACCCACCUGUUCACGCCGUGCAUCAGGUGACUGAGCCGGUGAAAUAUGAAUACAUCAACUGUACUGAACGGACACGCCUUAAAAUCCAAAUAGUUUGUUGCUUUCAGGUUUACGAUCAUGUGAUCUUUGUUUUGUUCUCGAUCUCAUUGUGUGUCACGCCACACAACUCCAGUUAAAUUCAAAGUUGGAAUCGUCAGUACUUCUUUUACUUCUUUAACAGUUGCAUUGUAACUAAGAGCCACAAGGGGGAAAUGUAACUCAAGUCAAACAUUUACUUUGUUUUAGCAAAUUAUCCUGUGUUGUAAUUAUUUGUCGUUUUGAAGGAGAGAGGUGAUUAGUGUAAAAUAACUGUUUUAUUGUUAUUAAUAAACUCUUUUGUAUAAAUGA